AUGGUGUUGCGCACGCCGUUUGCUCAUGGUAUCAUAAUUGUCGUAGGUCUUUGUUAGGCACUGGCAAGGUGAGCUUCGAAAAAUAAUUAUUGAAACUCAUAGCAUCGUUGACUCUUUGAAGUCGACCUUGAGCGCAUGUACACUCAUUGUGCCACACAUUUCUCUGGAUGCACUUUUCUGGGGACCCGGAUGGACCAUAUCUUCAAAUGACGAGUUCAAGUAGAGUUACUGCUGCAAUGACGGAGUACUCCAAGGGAUGGGUCAUUGACGGCAAUUAUAGUGCCCUUGGCACGCUCAUUUCCGAUCAUGCCACAGGUGUCAUUUGUACGUCCUUUGACUUAUCCACCCCUAUGUCGGUAUAUAUUCUGCUCAUCUAUGUUAGGCUUGACCCGGGGCCCUCUAUGGUUCUACGAAUCUUUUGGCGUACGCUUCUUUGCCUAUUGAAGAUAGCCCCGCCCUGUGCAGAGCGGUGCAACAGAACUUUGGGAAGGGCCCCAUCCGCGGAAAGUAUCAUCUGGUGGUGCAUUUCCCACCAUGGGCACUGCGAACGCAAGUUCGGCGAAAUACUCGCCGCUACCUCGAUUAAAAAAGGAGGGAAUAUGAGGCGCCUAAAUGAGCGGGAGGGAGAUUUGACGACGUGGGAAGCUGGACUCGAUGAAAUGCUUCGCAUGCACUAAGUUUGUUCGUUGUAGGAUACUCCCUCGCGUCUCAACAUAUCACACUUGGUCACAGUUUUGUCUCGUUAGAAAAGUAUUACAAAGUCCGACUUUUGAUGACAUCC